AUGGUAACUGCAGCGACAAAGGACAAGGACCCGCUGGGUAACCCGGGCGUCUACGAAAUACCAUGCGACUGCGGGAAGUCCUACAUAGGGGAAACCGGACGCAACGUGGCCACGAGGCUGUUAGAGCACAUACGGAGCGUGAAAAAGAUGGACUGCAGUAACUCGGCCGUGGCAGAGCACGCUCUCGAGACAGGCACGUCGCACUAUCUCCGAUUCGACAAGGCGAGGUUACUGACACAAAUAAAACCCAGACCCCUAGUCCCCGGCAGCCCCGCUAUUCCUGGCUCCGGUAGCGGCCAGGGUAAUGGCGGGGCAGGGGGUGCUACAGUGAAUCACCGGCAGAGGCCCGGCUACCAUAACCGACGACCCUUGGCCCUGGCAACAUACAACUGCCGUACGCUGCGGACCGACGAAAAGUUAUUAGAACUGGAGGAAGAAUUAAGCAGGUUACGUUGGGGAAUCAUAGGGUUAUCGGAAGUCCGUAGAGAGGGGGAGGACAUGAUAACUCUGAAUUCCGGCAACUUGCUCUAUUUCCGGGAGGGCGAACAACGGUCCCAGGGAGGUGUCGGGUUUAUCGUCCACAAGUCCCUCGUAAACAACGUGGUGAAGAUCGAGAGUGUGUCGAACAGGGUAGCGUGCCUUGUACUCAGAAUGACCCAACGUUAUUCGUUGAAAGUCAUACAAGUCUACGCACCGACCUCGACACACCCCGACGAUGAGGUGGAGGCUAUGUAUGAGGAUAUCUCCAGAGCCAUGCAUAGCUCCAAAACUCACUUCACAGUUGUUAUGGGGGACUUCAACGCUAAGCUGGGCAAACGAGACGGUGAAGAGCUGAGAGUGGGGCAAUUUGGAGUGGGGCGUAGGAAUCACCGGGGCCACCUACUGGCUGGUUUCAUGGAGAAGGAAGGACUCUAUAUGAUGAACUCCUUCUUCAGGAAACGUGAGCACAGGAAGUGGACCUGGGUGAGCCCUGACGGUGCAACAAGGAAUGAGAUCGACUUUAUCAUGUCGACGAAGAAGCUCUUCUUCAAAAAAGGUGAUAACACCUUGCUGAAGAAUUAUAGACCCAUCUCACUUCUGAGCCAUGUCUACAAGCUGUUUUCGAGAGUCAUCACGAACCGUCUCGCACGCAGGUUUGACGACUUCCAGCCUCCCGAACAAGCAGGUUUCCGUAAAGGCUAUAGUACCGUAGACCACAUACAUGCGUUGCGGCAGGUUAUACAGAAGACUGAGGAAUAUAACCUCCCCCUUUGCCUUGCAUUUGUGGACUACGAGAAAGCCUUCGAUUCGAUCGAGACUUGGGCUGUGCUGCAGUCUCUCCAAAGGUGCCAAAUCGACUACCGGUAUAUCGAAGUGCUGAAGUGUCUGUACGAAAACGCCACCAUGUCCGUCCGACUACAGGGCCAGAGCUCGAAGCCUAUUCCAUUGCAGCGGGGAGUCAGACAAGGAGAUGUAAUCUCCCCAAAGCUGUUCACCGCUGCAUUGGAGGAUGCCUUUAAGGUUCUGGACUGGAAAGGACGAGGCAUCAAUGUAAAUGGCGAGUACAUCACUCACCUUCGGUUUGCCGAUGAUAUCGUAGUCAUGGCUGAGACCAUGGAGGACCUCAGUGCGAUGCUCGCUGAUCUCAGCAGAGUAUCUGAACGAGUUGGUCUGAAAAUGAACAUGGACAAGACGAAGAUCAUGUCUAACGUCCAUGUUGUGCCAACUCCCGUAUUAAUCGGAGGCUCUGCGCUCGAAGUUGUUGACGAUUAUGUAUACCUAGGACAAACAGUCCAGUUAGGUAGGUCCAACUUCGAGAAAGAGGUCACUCGUCGAAUCCGACUCGGUUGGGCAGCGUUCGGGAAGCUCCACAGUAUCUUUUCGUCCAAAUUGCCGCAGUGUCUUAAGUCAAAAGUCUUUGACCAGUGUGUGUUGCCAGUGAUGACAUACGGAUCUGAGACGUGGGCGCUAACGAUGGGCCUCAUAAGAAGGCUCAAGGUCACGCAAAGGGCAAUGGAGAGAGCUAUGCUCGGGGUUUCUCUGCGUGAUAGAGUCAGAAAUGAUGAUAUCCGCAGUAGAACUAGGGUCACCGAUAUAGCUCGCAGAAUUGCAAACCUUAAGUGGCAGUGGGCGGGGCACAUUGCUCGCAGAACUGAUGGCCGGUGGGGCCGGAAGGUUCUGGAGUGGCGUCCGCGUACCGGAAGACGAACUGCCGGUAGGCCUCCAACGAGAUGGAGCGACGACCUGGUGAAAGUCGCGGGAAUUCGGUGGUUGCGAGCGGCACAGGAUCGGUCGGAGUGGCGAGCCUUGGGGGAGGCCUAUGUCCAGCAGUGGACGUCUAUCGGCUGA